CAGGGGGGUGUGACAAUUCAGCAGAGGUCGGGACGUACCACGGAGUCCAGUGGCGGGGGCCGGCAGAGGACGUGGUCAACGAGGGGAGCCCUCGCCCCCCUUCUUAGAGGCCUACGGCUGAGGUUGCAGGGAGAAUUGGAACUCACUGUAAGGGGAGGAAGUGGGUUAAAUCCGCCCCCUCCCCAUACCCUACUUCCGAGGGGGUGGGCGAUAGAGGGGAGGUUGGGGCUGGAGCAGCGGCAAGAGGGCCCCUCCCUUGCACCUCCCCCCACCGGACUUGGUCGCGCCCGAAGUGUAACACUUUCUCUUUGUCGAGGAGCUCCUCUGUUUCCUGUGCAGUAGCUCCCAUUGCGGCGGCACCGGUGGCAGCCCUGGAGGACGCAGGAGCGAUGGCAGCGAACGAUAUUGCUCGCCAGGUGGGUGAAGGUUGCCGAACUGUCCCCCUGGCUGGACAUGUAGGGUUUGACAGCUUGCCUGACCAGCUGGUGAAUAAGUCAGUCAGCCAGGGCUUCUGUUUCAACAUCCUGUGUGUGGGAGAGACAGGUUUGGGCAAGUCCACCCUCAUGGACACCCUGUUCAACACCAAGUUCGAGGGGGAGCCGGCCACCCACACACAACCAGGUGUCCAGCUCCGGUCUAAUACCUAUGACCUCCAGGAGAGCAACGUGAGGCUGAAGCUCACGAUUGUUAGCACGGUGGGCUUUGGGAACCAGAUGAACAAGGAAGACAGCUACAAGCCCAUCGUGGAAUUCAUCGAUGCGCAGUUUGAGGCCUACCUGCAGGAGGAGCUGAAGAUCCGAAGGGUGCUGCACACCUACCAUGACUCCCGAAUCCACGCCUGCUUGUACUUCAUCGCUCCCACAGGGCAUUCACUGAAGUCUCUGGACCUAGUGACAAUGAAGAAACUGGACAGUAAGGUGAACAUCAUCCCCAUCAUUGCCAAAUCAGAUGCCAUUUCUAAGAGUGACCUAACAAAGUUCAAAAUCAAAAUCACCAGUGAACUUGUCAGCAACGGGGUCCAGAUCUAUCAGUUCCCCACAGAUGAUGAGUCGGUGGCAGAGAUCAACGGAACCAUGAACGCCCACCUGCCGUUUGCUGUCAUUGGCAGCACGGAAGAACUGAAGAUAGGCAAUAAGAUGAUGAAGGCGCGGCAGUAUCCUUGGGGCACCGUGCAGGUUGAAAAUGAGGCCCACUGCGACUUUGUGAAGCUGCGGGAGAUGCUGAUCCGGGUCAACAUGGAGGAUCUGCGGGAGCAGACCCACACCCGGCACUAUGAGCUGUACCGCCGCUGUAAGCUGGAGGAGAUGGGCUUCAAGGACACCGACCCUGACAGCAAACCCUUCAGUUUACAGGAGACGUAUGAGGCCAAAAGGAACGAGUUCCUAGGGGAGCUGCAGAAAAAAGAAGAGGAGAUGAGACAGAUGUUCGUCCAGAGAGUCAAAGAGAAAGAAGCAGAGCUUAAGGAGGCAGAGAAAGAGCUGCAUGAGAAGUUUGACCGUCUAAAGAAACUGCACCAGGAUGAGAAGAAGAAGCUGGAGGAUAAGAAGAAAUCUCUGGACGAUGAAGUGAAUGCUUUCAAACAGAGAAAGACUGCGGCUGAGCUCCUCCAGUCUCAGGGUUCCCAGGCUGGAGGCUCACAGACUCUGAAAAGAGACAAAGAGAAGAAAAAUUAACUCUGCUGUUUGCUGCAUGCUGCAUGAGACCCAGGGUCCUGUUUGGGCUUCCUGUAGACGCACCCUUUCCUGUGCAACAGAGCUGGGCCUCCCUUUCCCUAAUUCCCCCUUAACACGUCUAGAGGGCCAUACAACCCCUGCCCUCUACUCAUUCCUGGCAAAAGUUUAUAGACACCUGAGAGUCAGAGGAUGAUAUCUGUCCUCUGGUCAAGAAGCCAGCAAUCACAUGGCUUGGAGAUGCAUCCCACAUCUGAGUCCUCCCCCUAGCACCCUAAGCAGUCCAUGCCCUUCUCAACCCCAUCCUUACCAGACUGUAACAUGUUACUGCUACUCCUCACCACCAGCUUCCCAUUUCAAACUCUCACUGCUGCCUGUUUCCCUAAGGUAUCUGCAUUCACCGUGGCUGGAUAAGCACCCGCCAGCAUGGCUGUCUCCUUAAGACUCUGCGUCCCAGACACUGGUCCUCCCUGACCUCUCCCCAAUCCUAGAAGCCACAGCCCCUUCUCAGAGGGCUCUGGAAAAAUGCCUUUCCCUUCCGGGCUCUUAGCUCAGCCCUUUCCAGCUUUCAUUCUCUCAGAGUAACCAUAAUCAAGUUGUGUUAAAAGAUGGUGACAAAUUUAUUUGUACCAAGCUCUUCCCAUAAAACACGAUUGCUGGAGCAAACAGCAUACAUUUUCCUUCUCUAUCCCUGGGUACCCCAUAGGUGCAGGAGGGAGAAUAAACCUGAAUAUUGUUACCAGCCUAGAGUCUUGAGCAAUAGGCUUACAGAAUUUGGAAGGGGGGUUAACAUCUCCUUGGUCACUUUCCUGGGGCUCCCUGCCAUACUAAGGAGGUGAGGCCAAACUGACUGGUCAAAGAAUCCGGUGCUUGGGAUUUGCUGAGAUGAGUCUUCUGUCUGUUUGGUGGCUGUGAUAAUGAUUUUAAUGUGCAUUUUGCAUGCAUCACCAAUAAGAGGUGUGACUGUCAACUGGAGGGAAGAAAAGAAGUGUUAGCCCUUGUCUCUUGUCUAAGGGUUUCAUAUUUUUGCAAUAUUCCAGCUCUAAUUUUUAUAACAGGUCCCCUGUGACAGUGGCUUUGGGAACCCCUUUGAAGUAGAAAGCUUCCAUUGUCAGGGCCCUGAGGCACAGUGGCCUGUGGCAUUUGGCCAGCAACAGAGCGAGAAUUGGAGGCUGGAGGCGACCUGGCAAUGAUCUGUGGCUAAUAGCCGUCUCUCUGCCCUUCCUUUGCAGUAAUCCAUGGCUGUGUACUGAAUAGUAUCCCCUGCUACAGCUGGACUGGACUUCACUUAGCUUUUUAAGCGAAGGUUCCUAUUCUAACUGACAGCCUUUCUUUGGGGUGUCAAGCAGCCGGGUCCCCUACCCCUGCUGUGUACUUCAAGCCCCACUUCUUUUUGAGUUGUGCGACUUGCUCCUGCCUCCUAGUCCCACUGGCACUGACCAUGACCUUCAUUUUUCUUUUUUGAGGUUGUUUUGUGAUUACUUCCUUUUAAAACACAGUCACACAAGGCCAUGCCAAAUUCCCAGGCCUUUUUGAAGUAUUGAGAAAGGGGAAGGAAUUACUUUCUUCAAUAAUAGAUAAUACUAGGAAGCAAAAAGUGAAAAGAAAACAAAUGCACAUGCAUUCUCUUUUCUUGUUGGCAAAGCACGAAUACAGUUCUGAUAUUAGUAUGUCUUGGUUGGUGAUUCACUGAUUGGUUACUGGCCAAACACAAGCCAGAUUCUUGAGAAAAUCCAAGUCAACAUGGAGCAGUUGAGGAGACCCUGCGUUUAGAGGUAAAAGCAAACAAACCACCACCACCACCACCAGUAAAACCCACAAAACUAAAACCAAAAAAAAAAA